AUUUGCGUCUGAUUCAGAACGAACUGAAGCGUUAAUUCCGAGGUAGAGGCACGAGUUGAAGCAUGCAUUGUCACGUUUUACCAAAGUAUCUUGAUAGGCAAUGAUAACCUUACUCAUCAAAGCUACACGUCAAAGUAAAGAUAAGUUAUUUUGUCGUUUGCAAAGCAACAUGUCUGAGGAAUUACUACAGCGAGUGAGAGACCUGGAAGGAGAGGUGGGGAGACUGAAAGCACAGCUGAGAGAGAAGGUCAAGGAAGGAACUGAGGGUGAGUUGGCGGUGUCAACCAACUCUGAUGGAAAGAAGGAUACCAGCAAGCCUGAUGCUGGUGGCAGGAAAAAGGGCAAAAGAGGGAGUCGGGACCGACCGUUUGAUUUCUCUGCCCAUCCUCGGCGCCAUGUUGCGCUCCGCUUAGCCUACCUGGGCUGGGCCUAUCAGGGCUUUGCUGUCCAGGAGAACACAGACAGCACUGUGGAAGCCCGGCUCUUCGAGGCUCUUCUGAAGACUCGACUGAUCCAGGAUCGGCAGAGUUCUAACUAUCACCGUUGUGGCCGCACUGACAAAGGAGUCAGUGCCUUUUCCCAGGUCAUGUCCAUAGACUUGCGCUCCACUCAGUUUUGUGGAGGCCUAGGAGUGACUCUCCCGUCCAAUGUCGACGCUGGUGUCAAGAACGAAGUGGACGUGGCGGAGCUACCUUAUGUGAAGAUGCUGAACAGAGUCCUGCCCCAGGACAUCAGGAUUCUCGACUGGUCACCUGCUCCGCAGGGCUUCAGUGCGCGCUUCGACUGUCAGUCUAGAACCUACCGGUACUACUUCCCACGCGGGGCUCUGGAUGUAACGUUGAUGGCAGAGGCUGCCAAACGCUACGAAGGCACUCACGACUUCCGCAACCUCUGCAAGAUGGACGUGGGCAACGGAGUGCUGCAGUUCCAGAGGACCAUCCUGUCUGCCACGGUCCAGCCUGUCCAUCAAACUCCCCCUUCUGCGCCCACUACCGCAGACCCAUACGACCUCUUCAUAUUUGAGAUCAAAGGACUGGCCUUCCUCUAUCACCAGGUGCGGUGCAUAAUGGCAGUGCUGCUGCUGAUUGGCCAGAAGCUGGAGCCCCCAGAGAUAGUGGAUCAACUCCUGGAUGUGAAGACGAAUCCCAGGAAACCCCAAUACAGCAUGGCGGUGGACUUUCCCCUGGUGCUGUUCGACUGCCAUUUUGAGGGGUUGAGUUGGCGCAGGGAGGCUGAGGAGGUGGAACAUGCCCUGGCCACGCUGCAGCACCACUGGACACAGACAGCAGUCAAGACCCAGGUCAUUCACGGCAUGAUCCAAGGCCUAGACAGCACAGGUGGGACCUCCUCUCCCCAUUGCUGGCUGAUGGAAGGUACCAAACAGCGGACCUAUCGGCCCUUGCUUGAGCGUCCACGCUGCGAGAGCCUGGAGUCCAGGAUAGAACACUUUGUUAAAAGAGGCAGGCUUGAACGAGAAGAAGGGGAAAAUGGUGGCGAAACGGUACACAAGGGCAAAAGGCCAAAGCACUCGCACAAAACCUCCAUUUCGUCUGUCCUCCCCGACGUGUCGCCGUCCUUCUGACCCCAGGGACAAUCAGAAACCAUAAGAUUGACACCUGCUAGAGAAAUUGGACUUAUCAUAUAAUAUUGUCUGAAUUCUUAAUGCUGUUAUUUUACUUUUAGAUGAUUUUUUUAUGUAAUGGAGAAACAAUUGUAGGUUUUUGUUAUUCUCUGGAAUAAAUCAAUUUGAGAUUAAUCCAAAAGGGUUUAAUGUCUAAUGGAGAACUUGGAUAGGGGAUUAAAAUAACUUGACAAAUCUUCAAUGAUGAAAGGUUAUGUGGCCCACCCAUAGAAUUAGAAUUAAUUAUAGUAAUUUAAUAGGAUCUCUGUUCCCACCAAGGAAGCUCAAGUCGAAACAUUUGUCACAAUCAGGCAGAACCUUUCGUAGAAUUCGAGUGAAUACCGGGAGCUUAUUAUCGAUGCACUGAGCUAAACUAGCUAGUAAGCUAAAGAAAGUUGACUAGCUAACUUAGAUGUUUCUUACCUAACCACAGAUGGAACAAUGAACCAGAUGUAUAAAUCUGAAGCAUCCGGUAGGCAUUUCCAAUCACCACCAAAUAUGUUGAUGAGAGGAAGCCCAGUGGCCGGCAUUGGGAGAAGAUGGCGCGAGAUGGAUUUUGGCCAACAUUCUGCAAAUGUUCUCAUCUAUUAAACACUUGAUCGCAGUAGCUCUGCCUCCUUUCAACGUAGAUGCGGAAGUGCGACAUCGGCGGAUGCAGUGGAUUGAGAGGCACCCAGAUAUCUCUAGCUUAAACUGACAGAUUUUGAUGAUGAUUUUUUUCAAAAUUAUGUUAUAUAGAUUGACAUACUUGUAACAUUCUCAGAACACCACCAAUUGUGUGCUAUUCUAGGUACCCAAGGCAGAGCAUCUAUCCUCUCAGAACAGAGAUUGUCAUUGUUGGCUUGCAAAAGAAUCGGCACAUCAACACAAAGUGAUCCUCGAAAGGAGAUUUUACAAGUUCAAGGUAAACAUUAAUUAUGUUAUCACUGAACCAAUUUCCAUUGCUUAUUGUAUCAAUAUUCUCAGCUGUGAAUGAAGACAGUUUCCUCUGAGUUGGCUUAGUCGACUAACCUGUACCCCAGCACAUUGACUCUGUAUUUAUUUUGAUUUAUCCUUUAUUUAACCAGGUAGGGUAGUUGAGAACAAGUUCUCAUUUACAACUGCGACCUGGCCAAGAUAAAGCAAAGCAGUGCGACACAACAACACAGAGUUAUACGUGGAAUAAACAGCGUACAGUCAAUAACACAAUAGUAAAAAUAAAUUUUAAAAAGUCUAUAUACAGUGUUUACAAAUGCCGUGAGGAGGUAAGGCAAUAAAUAGGCCAUAGUAGCGAAGUAAUUACAAUUUAGCAAAUUAACACUGGAGUGAUAGAUGAGCAGAUGAUGAUGUGCAAGUAUAAAUACUGGUGUACAAAAGAGCAGAACAUUUUUAAAAAACAAUAUGGGGAUGAGGUAGGUAGAUUGGAUGGUCUAUUUACAGAUGAGCUAUGUACAGCUGUAGCGAUCGGUUAGCUGCCCUGAUAGCUGAUGUUUAAAGUUAGUGAGGGAAAUAUAAGUCUCCAGCUUCAGAGUUUAAAAAAUAAAAAUAAUAUUGCAAUUCGUUCCAGUCAUUGGAAGCAGAAAACUGGAAGGAAAGGCUUUGUGGAUGACCAGUGAGAUAUACCUUCUGGAGCGUGUGCUACGGGUGGGUGGUGUUAUCGUGACCAGUGAGCUGAGAUAAGGCGGAGCUUUACCUAGCAUAGACUUAUAGAUGACCUGGAGCCAGUGGGUUUGGCGACAAAUAUGUAGCGAGGGCCAGCCAACUACAGCAUACAGGUCGCAGUGGUGGGUGGUAUAUGGGUAUCUGUUCCCCCUGUAUAUAGCCUUGUUAUUUUAAUGUUACAUUUUUUUUUAAAUGUAGUAAAUAUUUCCUUAACUCUUGAACUGCAUUGUGAGGUUAAGGGCUUGUAAUUAAGCAAUUCACGUUAAGGUAACCUGUUGUAUUCGGCGCAUGUGACUUGAAUGCCUUUUAUGUUAAAGAAUCACAUUCCUUGCAGUUGACAGUGCAUAAGUGAAUGACUUCUUUCAGACCAAAGUGGAGAACCUCCACUACUUAUGUGGUCCCUUGUGGCUCAGUUUGUAGAGCAUGGCAUUUGCAAUGCCAGGGUUGUGGGUUUGAAUCCCAUGGGGGACCAGUACAAAGGAAAAUAUGCACUCACUACUCUAAGUUGCUCUGGUUAAGAGCGUCUGCUACAUUAUUAAAAUGUCAAUUGCAGCUAGACAACGUGUCUUUGUGCAGCUAUUUGUUGAGUGAUUCAAAUCUAUAGCCCACUGAUGACUCAUGUCUCAGUACAGUUUACGUGCCAAAGAUGGUUGUGACAUGUAUACAAUUUCACAAAUGGGUAUUCGUCUGAAAAUGUGACUACUGGACAAAUUCUAUGUAUGUUUGAUAAAUAUGCAAGGUAGAGGAAAGCUACUAGGUAAUUUGAUCCUAGCCAUGUCCAUUUUUACAAGCAAAGUCUGUGGGGCUUGGGUUACAUGAAAGCUUGAUCGUUGAGAGCCUUUUGAGUUCUUAGAUAUAUUGCGCACACUUCUCUGUCGAUUCGAACCAACAAGGUAUUUCUUGCUGCAGAAAUGUCCCUGGGUUCUAUCAGUUUUGUAGUAUGGCCAUACACUGCCUGGGUAUCACACUGACUGGAAAUGUUUAGACUGUGAAUUUAGAGAAUAUCAUUUGAGGGUGGAAUUUCCUGAACACUAAUGUUCAACUAUGUCCUUUACACCACUGUAAUGCAGUUCUUGAACCGUGGGUUGUGAAAAUGUCACUGAAUUCAAUGCUUCAAACUGGGAAAUUAGACUUUUUGAAGUGAGGAGACUGUUUCCAUUGGUUAGCUCUAAGUAAUCUAUUAUGGCAGCCAGAGAGUUCUGAUGCGGUAUUGAGAAAGAUGUAAAUGGGUAACAUUUUAUCUACUGUGUGACUGGAAAGUAUUCAUACUGUGGAAUUACAGAAAUGAUAUCAUUUUGAAUCAAGUUUUGUUUGUGUCUGAGGCUCAUUUAACUACUUCAUAGAAAUAUAAACCCCCUUCUGUCCAAUCCCUUCCCUAGUCGUGCCAACUGAAAUGUGUAAGUCAUUUGCCUGUAUCUUAAGUGUUCAAAUCUAGCUCUGACCAGAAAUGCCCCCUUGUUGAUUUUGUGCCUGAGUGAAAUAUUACAGAACUCAAUCUGUACAUCUGUUUCUUGUUGCCAACAACUGGGAUUUCAAUUGUACUGGAUGGAAAAAUGGGGUCUCUUAACUGUAACAUUUUCUGCUACACGGGUACAACAAGAACAAUUAGUAUCUGGUGUGGUGGUCCACUACACUGUAAAUUCUGAUCAUUGUUCAUCCUUGUCUUUUUAUUAAGACUGAACGAUUUAGAAUGUAUAGCUGGAGGAAUUUGAAAAGACCUUCAGAGAUACUUUGGUUCUUUAUUUUCCUUUUUCGCAGCUUUCCUCAGAUUGGCAGCUUUGUGUUUUUUGGGAUUGCGAAGUUUGAUUUCCUCACGUCUCUCUGGCCAGCUUUAUGCAGAGUAUACAAUUUGACAUUACAAUAGUCAAAUCUAUGUUUUGUUUCAUCAAGAAAUAAAAAAAGAAAAGACGUUACCUCA